AUGACUACUGGACGAGCUACUCAUGUGUCAUCCAUAUUAACUAAUGGAAUGGUUUUAAUUAAUGGUGGCGUUGUGGAUGACGAUUCAGAUAUUCUUACAGAACUAUAUGAUCCAUCCACAGGAGGUUGGUCGACCACUGGUAACAUGAUUAGUGCGCGGUACUCUCACACGGCUUCUGUAUUAACAGAUGAGAAAGUACUAGUUGCUGGCGGAGAACAUUCUAGUGGUCGAUUAGCGAGUACAGAAUUGUACGAUCCAUCAACAGGAUCCUGGACACAUACUGGAAAUAUGAGUACGAAACGAUCGUCGCACACCGCAUCCACAUUAGCAAAUGGGAACAUACUAAUUGCUGGCGGGCAAAAUGGAGAUUCUCUUGUCACGAGUGAAUUAUACAAUCCGUCAACGGGAUUAUGGACAAACACAGGCAGCAUGAAUGAUGCACGAGCAUCUCACACUGCAUCCGUAUUAACAAAUGGAAAAGUGUUAGUGGUUGGUGGAUAUGAAGGAGUUAGCCGUCGUCACCUUUCAAGUGCAGAAUUAUACGAUCCGUCAACGGGAUUAUGGAGAAACACAGGCAGGAUGAAUAAUGCACGAGCAUUUCACACUGCAUCUGUAUUAACAAAUGGAACAGUGUUAGUUGCUGGUGGAUUUAAUGUUGGUGAAUUUUCUAGUGCAGAAUUAUACGAUCCAUUAACAGGGUCAUGGACAAACACCGGCAGCAUGAAUGAUGCACGAGAUCUUCACACUGCAUCCGUAUUAACAAAUGGAAAAGUGUUAGUGGUUGGUGGAAUUGGUGGAGGCAAUAAUCGUAUGCUUUUUAGUGCAGAAUUAUACGAUCCACGAACAGGCUUAUGGACAAAAAUCAGAAGUAUGGAUAUUGCAAGACGCUUUCACACUGCAUCUGUGUUAACAAAUGGAAAUGUUUUAGUGGUUGGUGGACUCAGUGGCUUCUUUUCUUCGAAUAGUGCGGCACUCUAUGAUCCAUCAAUAGAAGGUUGUACAGAUGUUACCAACAAAACUACUAAACACGUGAAGAAUACGGCAUCGAUAUUAAAAAAUGAUAAUGUUUCAUUUCCUGGUGAUCGAAAUUAUUUUGAUUUGAAUAAUACAGAACUAUUUUCAUGA